AUGGAGGUUUUAAGUCGGAUUUUGAAGAAAACUGAGGACAGUGGCCUUAUUCAGGGCUUUCAUGUGGGACCUAUUAGCUCUACUAGCAUUCGUAUUUCUCAUCUUUUAUUUGCUAAUAACACCAUUCUUUUCUGUGAUGCUUCUAGGGAGCAGUUGCUAUCCAUUAGGCUGGUUUUGACUUAUUUUCAAGUUUUUACUGGUUUGAAGGUGAAUGUGGGGAAAAGUGAAAUUGUCCCUAUUGGGGAGGUGAGCAACAUUCACAAUUUGGCUAACAUUCUUCACUGUAGGGUGGGCAGUUUGCCCAUGAUUUAUUUGGGAAUGCCAUUGGGUACCUCGUAUAAGACAGCCUUUAUUUGGAAUCCAAUUCUAGAGAGGAUGGAGAAGAAGUUGGCAUGCUGGAAGCAGCUUUAUUUGUCAAAGGGUGGCAGACUCACCUUGUUGAAAAGUACAUUGUCAAGCCUCUCGACCUAUUAUCUUUCCCUUUUUACUGUUCCAAAAGCUGUGGUAAUGAGAUUGGAACGUAUUCAGAGAAAUUUUUUGUGGGGUUUUUCAACUGAGUUUUUCAAAUACCCUUUGGUGGCUUGGGAAAAAGUUUGCUUACCGCGUGAGCUGGGUGGGUUGUGA